UGACUGUCAACUGAAGUAUAAUGCGCAUGCGCGCUUUGGUGUGUCUCUCCGUCGGCUUGCCGUAGAAAAGCGAAAGUCUCCUGGAAAGAGAAUGUCAUAUGUGAAACUGGUGUCGCUGUGUGUCGCAGCUCCGGGUCUGACGGGCCUGCUGAGCGGCGCGGUGCUGGCUGCCACGGAGGGGAAGAAGAGCUCACAGCCAGCUCUGAGCAUCGAUGAGCUGCCGUCGUUAUACACCAGGCCUGAAGCGGAGACUCGGUACGUGGAGCCAGAGGCCGGGCCGCUGGAGCAGAGCGUGGCAACGCUCAGAAAAAUGGCCGAACCGUACACGAACCAGUGCCAGCAAACGGGCCAAGCUGUAAUGGAGAAAGUAGAGCAAUUAUACCAGACUGUGGAGCCCACACUCAACACCUCCAUAACAACAGUCACAGAUGUGUACCAGUUCCUCAGUGACCCCCCUCCUGACUUCUACCCCAGUGUUGCGGCGGUGGGCUUCUCUGGCUUCCUGGGACUUUAUUUGGCCAAAGGCUCCAGGGUGAAGCAGCUGGUGUUUCCAGUUGGACUCAUGGCUCUGAGUGCCUCCAUGUUUUACCCUCAGCAGGCUGCGUCUUUACUGAAGGUGAGUCGGGACUCGGCGUCCACCUUGGCUCAGCGGGGCCGCGUCACCGUGGAGACUCUUUGGAAAGAGCCUCCGUUUGGCAAAAAGAAGAAGAAAGAGCAAACAGAGAGCAACGACAAGACCAGCUGAGACGGCAAGAAGACACACACCUGUCCAUCCUGAGAGACUUUCACCUUCCAGUAACACACACUCACACCUGUACCACUCUUAUUAGUAUUAACUCACAACCAAACUCCCACAGCCACAAACCAGGACUUAGUUAUUUAAGUUGUAUAUCUCAGAAACGUGGUGGUGUAAGUGUGUUUCUGAAACCCCUCCUGCCUCCUCUUGAGUCAUUCCUGAACACUGCGACCUCUUCCAAGAAGCAGAGUCUUUUUACAUCCAGUUAUUGAGAUAACUGCAGUCCUCCUCCCCUUCGUCCUCUGUCAUAUUUUCUCAUGACGUCAGCUCUUCCAGUUUCUGUUCUGUUCCGCGAAACAGGUCACAGGGUCGAGUUUCUGCAGUGUUUGCUCUCUAACAUUAAGGAUGUCUGCCACCGAUCCUUCCUUAUUCUUGUAUUUGUUCAAACUGCACGACACAGUUUCACAGACUGUUACAGAGAGACGUGACACUGUUAAAACUCAGUUUUAUUUCAUUAUAUAGCACUUUAAAGGUCCAGUGUGUAACAUGUUUAGUUGUUCAUUAUCAAAAUCUGUGUUGCCCGUUCACAAACUUGUCCUUUUUCAUGAAUAUUUACC